AUGUCUGGCCUUGAGGCCAUCGGUAUCGCCGCCAGUAUCAUACAGGUUGCUGACUUGGGCACUAAAUUAUCCGUCCAACUCUUCUCCCUCUACCGGCGGGUUAAGCACGCCAACGACACUGUCCAGCUCUUAUCAAACGAGAUCGCUCUCGUUAGUGCCAUUUUGCGUGAGCUAGGCGACAAUUUGAAGGAGAAGGAGUCAUCUAAACUCUGUUCAGAUGAGGCAUUCCGCACUCUAGCCCUGGUCCUGAAACAGUGUCAGGACGUACUUGGACAGAUCCAGAGAGUGGUUGACACUAAUGAGCAGGCUGGAAAGGGUCGCUUUCAGCAAGUCACUGGAAAAUUCCGGAUAGUACUACUUGAGCCGAACUUGGAUCAGUUAAAGAGUACCUUAGAAAGGCUGAAGUCGACGAUGCUACUUCUGCUUAAUGUGAUUAUGUAUGCGGGUCAGAUCCGAAGCGUCCAAAAAUCCAAGAACGAUCUCAAGCCAAAAUUCACUAGUCCUUCUCUUACACCCGCAAGCUCACAUCAUUCAUCACAAUCUACAAAAAUAUUCGUGGAAGACUUCGACUCAGACGAAUCGGAUUUAUCCGAAACCGAUUUGUCCAUUCAUGGCCGGAAAGGCCGCACCUCAUUUAGUCGUCCACUAGAAGCCAAAGAAACCUCCCCGAUGUCGGUGCAGCAAUCCUUACGCAUGUACCAUUCACUCCAACCGGGCAGACGGCGCAGACGGCGUUCUUUCGAUCGAAGUAGGCCAGGGAUGAUCAAAUUCGACGAGCAGGUGCAACGCACAGACAACGGCAACAAGCCACGACCGAUACGGCGGUCAGCGUACGAUGAUUGGGAUGGAGAAGAAGUAGUGCAAUCGUCAUCAUGGGGUGUUGCCAGCGGUGUCUCUCGCGAAACCUCUCCCUGCCAGCGCGAUCACGCGCUUGUCAUGGACCAGCGCAUGCUCGAGAGGAACGACUCCCGCCAUGACAUAGAUAUCCGGAAGCAGCAGCAGGAAAUCGAGCGUCUGGAGCGUAAGCUGGAACAAGAGCGUAUCUCGCAGAAGGAAAAGGAGCGCUACCAAAACAGCAGCACCGAAGCCUGCAGAAGUGACCAGUAUCACUCGUCCAGGCAUCACUCCCGGGAUAGGUGCCGUCAAUACAGAUCACCUGGCUCUCAACGGCUGCUGGAAGACCGAAGUUUAUCAUCCACUGACGGCAAAGAUAAUACGCGACAGUUUGCCACGACUGGCCCACCUGCACAGGAAGAUUCUAAUGCUGCAAUUCCUCCCAAGGGUAUCUUGCGGCCUCAGCGUGAAAGGUUUCCUGAAGGACCGAAUCCGCUGAGUGAGGGUGACCCUCCGUUCGAACAAGCCCACAACAAGGACCUCUUGCCUGACAAAUUGUGGACCAAAAUUGACCGGCGAUUGGUCAGUCCUGCCGCAUUGACGGCUGGCCUUGAGCGAUUCGAAGAGCGGGCAGAUGCCAUCGUUGUGCUAAGGGUCUUAAGCGAAGAAGAGAUUCAGGCAUAUGCUGCCAAGACAUUAGAGCUCAGUGGCUGUUCCUCCGCUUGCACCACUUCCAAUAGUAGCGACGAUGAACGUGCGCCUGGGAAUGAAUCGCCAGAGAGACUACCCAUCCUCGGUACUCCUCCACAGGAGAGCGCGAUGUUUGGGCUACGCGGUGAUGAUAUUUACAAACAGAACUGUUCUGAAGACUUCUUGCUGCCAGGCAAUGUCGAAGAGUUGUUGGCGCAGUGGACCACGCUUAGCAAGCAAGAGAUCCAGCGUGGUCAGUGCUCGGCAGUUUAG